GUGAUAGGCUGAUUGUCAGAGCAGCGCGAAUUCCGCCAAUAGAAACCGGCGUUCUCCGACGGAAAGCACCCCUCCAUCCCCCUCCUUGCAGACACAACCCCUCCCCCUCUCCGAUAACGCAGCACCCCUCAUACUUAUCGUAGCUAUAUACCAGUCCCAGCUGCAAACUUCCCAAGUUGCAAAAUUGCAAGCUAUACCGACACCUUAUUUCCCUCUCUCCCCCUAAAAUAUCCUCCUCUACUUCACGGAAAAGCACCACCCAUACAUACACUUCAAUUCCCGUCACAAUGGCAACAGUCCCCCUCCCCGAGCCCUUCGCCAGCAUCCCGCGUGAAUCCUUCCUCUUCGGCCCCUCGCCCAUCCAACACCUCCCAAACAUCACAAAGGCCCUCGGCGGCAAAGUCAACAUAUACGCCAAGCGCGAGGACUGUAACUCCGGCCUCGCCUUUGGGGGGAAUAAGACGAGGAAACUUGAGUACCUCGCCUCCGAAGCCCUCUCCAGCGGCGCCGACACGCUCGUCUCAAUCGGCGGCUUCCAAUCCAACCACACGCGCCAAGUCGCCGCCGUCGGCAGCAAAUUGGGUUUGAAAGUCUCCCUCAUCCAGGAAAAAUGGGUCGACUGGACCGACCCCGUCUACGACAAAGCGGGGAACAUCCAACUCUCGCGCCUCAUGAACGCAGAUACACGGCUCGACCCGUCGCCCUUUGGAAUCGAGCACAAGGAUACGCUUGCGAAUCUAGAGAAGGAGAUUCGAGACAAGGGCGGGAAACCGUAUUAUAUCCCCGCGGGCGCGUCGGAUCACCCGCUGGGAGGGUUGGGGUUUGCGCGGUGGGCGUUUGAGGUUGUGCAGCAGGAGAAGGAAACGGGGGUCUUUUUUGAUACGGUUAUUGUCUGUGCGGUUACGGGGAGUACCAUGGCCGGGAUGGUUGCCGGGUUCAAGCUUGCGGAGAAGUCGGGGUGGUCCGAGAAGAGAAAGGUUAUCGGGAUUGAUGCGUCUGCUACUGUUCCGCAGACGUUUGCGCAGGUGUUGAGGAUUGCGAAGAAUACCGCGAAGAAGAUUGGCCUCUCCGAGGACGACAUUACAGAAGAGGACAUCAUUCUUGAUGACCGGUAUCAUGGGGGUGUGUAUGGAAUCCCUGACGAGCGGACGAUCGAGGCGAUCAAGUUUGGAGCAUCGACGGAGGCGUUCAUUACGGAUCCUGUGUAUGAGGGCAAGAGUCUGGCCGGAAUGAUGGAUUUGGUGAAGAACGGGGAGAUUGCAGCUCGUUCGAAUGUGCUAUAUGCGCAUUUGGGGGGGCAGCUGGCGUUGAAUGCGUAUACAGGAAUGUAGCUUUUAUAUGUGUGAUAAGGAGUUAGGGGAUAUUCUAAUCGAUGCAAUACACUUGUAUGAAUAUAGGCACGAGGCUAUAUCUAGUUUCGACGUCGCCAAGGGCGGCAAGUCAUGGAAGCUUCCAGGUAAAGAGG